AUGGGUUGUUGCUUCUCAAGGCCCGCCGGCCCCAAUGCCCCUUAUCCGGGUGGUAGUGCUGCAUCACCCUCUGCGCGCGCCAUCAAUUCCCCGCCGUUGCACCCUUCCGCUACAGACGAUAGCCCGCCAGUUUCGCGUGCCGACUCCCGCUCUCACCAACCAACACACUCGCCUCAUCCACAGCAAUCGCAAUCGCAUCACCAUACCCACCAUACGCGUAGCUGUCGACCGCCCCUGUCACAACAUAUAGACAAGCCCCUGCGGCGACACGAGUGGGUCGCGCGCGAUCGGUCGUGGACACGUUCCCAGUUAGAUACGGAGAGGGCCGACUUCUUCGAUACGCGAGUCACCGGGCGCGCUGAGGUGUGGCAGGUCUUGAAGGCGGCGUUAGAGGUUUUAUGGGAGGCGGAUUUGGUUCGCGCGACUGGCGGCGAGCGGGAAGAUGACGACGGGACGGAUGGGAUAGCUACGGCGCAGAGCAUGCUAAAGGCAGCUGAAGUCACCCUACCCACAGGCGACUUAUCGAAUGGGGUGUACGAUUCGUUAGGAAAUUACUAUGCGUUGCCGGAAUGGAUCGUGUGCGAUCCCGUGAAUGUGACUGAGGAAAACGGCGCGAAGAGAAACAAUGGCGGUGCGAGGCGGAAAAGAGACGGCGAAUUGACUGGCGAGGAAGAUAGCGAGGAGGAGUUGGACGAAGACGAAGCUUUGCGACGGAGGGAGGAGAAGGGGAAAGGUAUCGCUAAUAUCAAGAACAUGGUGAAAGUUCGUGCUAGACUUAGCGAGAAUUUACCAGAUGUGGUCGUUAGUGUUAGUAUUGAUGAAAGCGUGAGAAGUUUUGCUAAGAGGAUAGCCGAAGAAUCCGGGCUGGCUUCCACAAAACGCGUCCGCGUAGCCUACAUGGGCAAAAUCCUUAAGGAGAAUUCGUCGUUACAAAGCCAGGGCUGGAAGAAGGGCCAUAUAGUAAACGCUUUGGUGUUCAACCGGUAG